AUGUCUGAAAAUAUGCACAAGGACACCACCCAGCUCGAUGAUCUCGAACUUGAGGCAGCGGGCUACCGCUCAGCCAUGCCUCGGCAGUUCUCUUUAUCAUCACUCGGAGCACUUUCGUUUACGUUGACGUGCACUUGGCUGGGCACAGGAAGUUCUGUCGGUAUAUCGCUGACGGAAGCAUCCUCUGCUGGGACCAUUUGGGCGCUACCCAUUGCUGGAGCGAUGACACUAGUGGUUGCCGCUGGGAUGGCCGAAUUAGCUUCUGCCUAUCCUGUUGCAGGAGCACAGUAUUACUGGGCUUUCAUGGUUGCAAGCGAUGAAUACAAGUCUUUUGCUUCAUAUUUGAACGCCUGGAUUAGCAUUCUUGGAUGGUGGCUCGGCGCCGCUUCUGUGUCAAACUUCGUCGCAUCUAUGAUACUUGACAUUGCCAUCAUAUGGUACCCUUCAUACCAAUUCGAGCACUGGCAUCAAUAUCUCAUCUAUGUCGCGCUUGCCUGGGUUGCUGUCGCGUUCAACGUUUUUGCAUCGCGCUGGAUACCCUUGCUCAACAAGCUUAUAUUUGUCCUAUCAGCUCUGACUCUGGGCGCAACCACGUUGACGCUUUUCAUCACGGCCCGGAACAAACACGCUUCCGGCAAGUUCAUCUUCGCAGACAACACCAACCGAAGCGGUUGGUCAAGCGAUGGCUGGGCAUUCAUGCUUGCCAUCGGCAACGCCGUUUUCUCGUACCUGGGCAGCGACUGCGGUGCCCAUAUGUGCGAAGAAAUUCCGAGUCCGGGAAGAAAUGUUCCCAAAGUCAUCAUGGUGCCGCUGAUCAUGGGUUUGGUCACCGCUUUCCCAUUUGCCGUGAGCUUAAUGUACUCCAUCACCAGCCUGUCGGACGUUCUCGACACGCCAACGGGAUUGCCGCUUCUUGAGAUUUAUUAUCAAGGCACGGGUUCGAAAGAGGGCGCAUCGGUUCUCCUGGCCCUUUUCGCGUUUUGCUUUUUUGGUUGCUUGGUGGCAAACAUGACCACUUGCUCGCGAACUCUCUGGGCAGUUUCCCGUGAUGGAGCUCUUCCCUUCUCGCACGUUUGGAUGCGCGUCCACCCCAGGUGGAAGAUGCCAGCAAACGCAAUCCUUCUCUCGGGCACCCUUAUUUCGAUAUAUGGAGUGAUUUUCAUCGGCUCCUCAACCGCAUUCUCAGCAAUGGUCAGUGCGGCGAUCAUCUUCCAACAAACGUCUUGCAUCAUCCCGCAGGCCAUCGUCUUGUAUCGAGGCCGCGACAGCGUGCUCCCCGAGCGGUACUUCAAUCUGCGGCAGUACGGACCGUACGUAAAUGGAGUGGCAGUCGUGUGGGUCAUAUUCUUAGACGUCUUGUAUUGUUUCCCCACAUCCUUGCCAGUCACGCCCCAGAAUAUGAGUUACGUCUCUGUUGUCAGUGUUGGCUUGGUCGGUUUUGUCAUCGUACUUUGGUUCGCGACGAAGAAAGGCCAGUUCAAAGGACCACAUAUCGACUAUGACCUGCUAAAUGCACGACGACACGCUGCAAUCGAGGGCACCGAGGAAAUUUCUGCUGUAAGCGUUCAUACAAUACGUGGAAAACACGCCAUGGAUUAA